AUGGCAUACUACGAGGCUUCAUCGUCGGGUGCCGACCACAGAAAAAAAUGGGACCGAGAAGAGUAUGAAAGAAGGGCUCGAGAACGUUUGUUAGCAGAAAAUGAGGUUGAAAAGGCAAAAAAGAAACCGAGGUUCCCCGACGAACCAAAAGUCAAAAGAGAAUUAUUGAAAGCACGUGAAUACAAGGUAGACUUAGAGUCAAAAGUGGGGAGAACCGUCGUUAUAAACAAAACAACUCCUUCUGCCGAAACCGGUGGUUAUUACUGCGAUGUCUGUGACUGUGUUGUGAAGGAUUCUAUAAAUUUUCUGGAUCAUAUUAAUGGCAAAAAUCAUCAGCGAAAUAUGGGCAUGAGUAUGAAGAUAAAAAGGAGCACUUUGGAUGAGGUGCGGCAGCGGUUUGCGUUAAAAAAGGCAGAAAAAGAACAGAAGGAAAAAGAAUAUGACUUGCAGCAGAGAAUGGAGGAAUUAAAAGAAGAGGAAGCUCGCAUGGCUGAUUAUAAAAGACAGAAAAGGAUAGAACAACGGAAAAGGAAGCGGGCUUCAGAUCCUGAGGUGCAAGAUGAUGAAGUUGCUGCCAUGAUGGGCUUUGGAGGAUUUGGCUCAUCAAAGAAAUGA